UUCCGAAGAGCCGUGAAAUAAAUUUUAUACAGACUUAGAACAACGUUCAAGAAGUGUGGAUCAGUAUCAGUGAAGUAAUUGUAGAGUAUAGUGUAUUAAUUAGGAACAACAUGAAAUUGUCUUUCAUCUUUGAGUUACUGCUGAUUUUUAUUCUCAUUGCGUUCGCCGCUUCAGCCGUUAUAGAUUCCAAGGCCUUGCACAAUACUAAAAGAGCUAUAACACGAAAACAUGGAAAAAUUACUCAUAAGAAACGUCAAGAUUCCACCUCAAAUAAAUACUGCAGUUGUUCGACAAAAAUCUGCAAUUGCUGCAGAGAGUUUAAUAUACCGGUGGUUUCUUUACAAGGACCUGGAUGCGCCUCUCUUCAGUACCUGAAAGGAGAUCGUCUUGCAAUUUCGAUGAGUUUCGGUGAAAGAGUACUUACAAACACUACUAUUUCAAGUAAAAAGCCUCGACCCGUAUGUAUGCCUCUUCCUGGCGGAGUUUCAAAAUUCUGUGGUCGGGUUUACAACAUUGGUCGCAAAGGUGAAGACUUUAAAGCUUGCCUUGGACUCGAACUCCGGGCUUUAAAUGACGUCGAAGCAGCUUUACGUGUUUCCUGUUUCCGUUUCGGUCCCAAUGGACUUCGCGUCGAACCAUCUCAACCUCUUCCCGUCGUAGAAGAAGAAGAUAAUGACGAAGAUGAUGACGACGAUGAUGAUGAUGAUGAUGACGACGAAGACGAUUAUGAUUUUGACGACGAUGACGAUAAUGAAAUCGAUUCGGUUGAUUAUGGCACGUUUAGUGUUUUCGAUGACGAUUUUAUCGGAGAGUAUUUCCAGUCUGAAUCGUCAGGAAGUAAGAAAAAAAAAGUGCAAACAACUAAAGCCCCCGUACGUAAAGUGACUCGUAAACCAAUCAUAACUCCGGCGAAAACCAACAGGAAGCCUAUUCGCACGGUGAGGCCUAAGCCAGUUAGUGUCAGGCCUCCGGUAAAAAGUUCGACAAGUUCGACCCCGGCGAAAUUGCAAGUAACGCAAGUUUCUCCAAUGAUGAAUGAAGUUACGAGUAAUCCGUUUGAUAUGCAGACCUCUGGCGAGAAAGUUCCCUCAUCAUCGCACGAAUCAAUUGCUGCCGUGACUGCUAUGCUGCAGGGUCCCGCAGGAGAAGCGAUGUCUCAAGCGGCUGCUGAAGUUCCUGCCAGUCCUGCUUCCAUAGAUACACCCGCGCCAACCGCUACGCAAACUACUCAACAAAUGCCGGAUAUGUCUACAAAUGUCUUAACUGAACAGCCAGGAUCGAUGCCUCAAGGGACUGGAUUGAAGGAUAUUACUGAAGAAUCCAUUAAUCAGAACUUGGAAACGACGACCCUCGAAAACACAGACUCAACUACUACACUUCCAGACAACACAACUAAAGCAAUUAAUAAAAAGAAUAAAAACGAGGAAUCGGAUGAAGACGAUGAUGACGACCCGAUAUCGGAAGUUGUAGGGGAAGUCAUUGAAGAGGAAGUUGACAGUGCGGAAACAACCACGAAAGAAGCGAUUCAAAACGACAAAGACAUUGCGAAACCACUCACCAACAAACAUGAGUCUAAAGAUGUUGUAGAUGAUAUUGUUGACGGAAUGGUUGACACAUUCGCUGAAGAUGAUUCAGAAUCGGAAGAAACGUCAACAAAUAAAACCAACGCAGAAGUAUCCAAUGACGAUGAUGAUGAUGAUGCGGAGGAGGAAGAUGAUGAAGACGAAGACGAAGAUGACUACGAAGACGAUGAUGACGAUGAAGAGGAAGAUGAAGAAGAAGCCAGAAAAGCUCGCAGACAAAAAAUUAAAAAGAUUAGAGGGCGACAAAGUCGUGAUAUGUGGUUAGCCAGGCUGCAUUGGUAAUUUUAUCAACUCUUCAUUUCAGUAUUUAUUUAUUUAUUGUUAUUUAUUUCUACUGUACAUAUGUAAUUAAUGCCACUAACUCAAUAUGCUCAAUUUUGUAAUACCUGUAUUAAUAAAUAUUUAUAUAAUGA